AUGAUGGGAAGAUGCUUCGCCUCGGCUCCGUCUCCGAACGCGAGAGAAUUGAAUAAGUUUCAGGCUGUCACCGGCUUGCAGCACGUCGCUGAAGGUCGCAGAUUCAAGGCAUGGCUCUUGGAUCAGUUUGGGGUCUUACACGAUGGGAAACAGCCAUACCCGGGUGCCAUUGCCACAUUGGAGAAAUUGGCGAAUUCUGGUGCAAAGAUGGUAGUCAUAAGUAACUCCUCAAGGCGUGCAUCAACAACCAUUGAAAAGUUGAGUAGCCUUGGCUUUAAUCCCUCUCUCUUUCUGGGAGCUAUAACCAGUGGGGAGUUAACACACCAGUACCUACUGAGGAGAGAUGAUCCAUGGUUUGCUGGUAUUGGGAGCUCUUGCAUUCACAUGACCUGGAAUGAUCGAGGUGCUAUAUCUCUUGAGGGCUUAGGGCUCCAGGUUGUGGAUAAUGUCGAAGAAGCUGAUUUUGUUUUGGCUCAUGGAACUGAAGCUUUGGGACUUUCAUCUGGACAUGCACUCCCAAAGACACUUGACGAACUUAACGAAAUUUUGGGGCAAUGUGCUGCGAAAAAGAUCCCCAUGGUUGUUGCAAAUCCGGAUUUUGUUACCGUUGAGGCUAGAGCUCUACGUGUGAUGCCUGGAACAUUGGCAGCAACAUAUGAGAAGCUAGGCGGAGAAGUGAAAUGGAUGGGCAAACCUGGCGAGAUUAUAUAUAAAUCGGCCAUAGAAAUGGCUGGUGCGGAAGCUGCCGAUUGCAUUGCUGUUGGCGAUUCCCUCCACCACGACAUUAAAGGAGCAAACAUUGCCGGUAUAGCUUCGGCUUUCAUCACCGGUGGGGUUCACGCAACUGAACUUGGACUAAGUACAUUUGGACAAACUGCAGAUGAUUCUUCUGUUCAUUCUCUCGUCAGAAAAUACGAUGCUUAUCCAACAUAUGUUCUUCCUUCAUUCACAUGGUAG